AUGUGGGCCCAACAUGAGGGCGUGGAGCUCGUCCUCGGCAAGGACAUCAUCGUCGACAGGCUCGACAGCUGCACUCACACGCAGGAGGCCACGGACAUCUUCAGUUGCUGGGUGUGGUGCUGGAGCCUCGACCGCAUACCCAGCGACUACGGCUUCACGGUCUUCCCCAAGGGUGCUGGACGCGUGGAGGAGAUGCAUGGCUAUUCACCGCCGCACCGUCAGGUGGCUCCACCUCCUGAAGGCAUCCAGUUCAGCGCCUUGAUCCACAUCGACCUCGUGGAGGAUUGUACGGUGCGCGAGGCGCGCCCAUCGUCCAGUCGUCAGAGCAGCCUGCCGUCAUCCAGCUCCGACAAAUCUGCUCCGCUCCCCGCCGUCCAGCCCUACACCUGGUACUUCAACGUGCGGGAUGGGGAGGAGAUCCGUCUUGCACGCCGCCGCAACGACUCAUGUGGCGCCUACCCGCCAGCUGCUCGCCGCAACCAUGAUGAUGAGGGCGACGACCGCCUACCUCGCUCCUACCGCGACUCCGUCUUGCCCCGGGACACUGCCCGCACGCCGACGCCGUCUCGGGCGGGCCUGGGCGCUGAUGAGGCACGACACUGCAGCCGCACGCCGGCCAGCAGGCGCUGCCGGGCCCCUUCCGUCCCCAGCGACGCCACCCCUACCCCUGCGAGCGAGACGUUCCCGCCUCCACCACCACUGCCGCUUCACAGCCCGAUGCCCCAGCGCCUCGACCUGGCCGCCAUCGCGCCUGCUCCGGUGUCGGUGCCGUCGGCAUCCCUUGCCCCGACCAGCCCCACGUCUUCGUCAAGCGAAGACCCGCUUGUUGAGCUCAUGGCCACCGAGCGGUUGGAGCACACGGGCUGGCCUGCCUGCGGCUUUGACCCCAUGGCGCUGGAGCGCGACGCCUUCUGCGAGGCGACUCUGUCAUCGCCGCUGUCCUUCCCCCCGGUUCCGGCGUUCCCUGCUCUGGCCGGGGGCGGGGGCACCGGCGCGCCCUCUCCGCUCGGCUUCAGCAUGCCUCCACGCGACGACAUCGACAUGCAUGUUUCUGCUGCAGGUACUGAUGCCGAGCAUGACGCGUCCGACAGGAUCCUCGACGCCCUCUUCGCCGCACACCCGUUCUCUGUCCUCGGCGCUACCCCGCCUCCCCCUCCACCCUGCUCCCGUGGUGGCAAGGACAAGACGCCCGUCACUCCACGUCGCAGCGCCCGAUAG